UCAAAGCCUCCUAGAUCGGCAUCUAUUGCUCAGCAGAAAAAGAUCACAUCACCCUCAACAUCUCGUUUACCACUGUCAACCCAUGGGUCAAGAAUGACCAUACCGGUGACAACUCGCCCAUCAAUAUCUAACCAAGGACCGAGGAUGCAAACGGCUACUAUAUCUCGUGCACCGACAUCGACCUUAAGACCCGGGAUCACCACAGCCUUGAUCCAUUCGUCGGUAUCUGCCAAACGACCGAGGAUGCCAACGGCUACUAUAUCUCGUGCACCGACAUCAACCUUAAGACCCGGGAUCACCACAGCCUUGAUCCAUUCGUCGGUAUCUGCCAAACGACCGAGGAUGCCAACGGCUACUCGACCUGAGGCACCGGCGUCGACCUCGGCAGCAGACAUAAUAGAAGCUACAUCAGAUGAUGGUGCAGAUGAGUCCGCCUUCACCCAAGGCAACCAGUCCCCACACUGCGACUCCAAUGGUGAUGGAGAAGCCUCAUUCAGUUCCUCACAUCACUCGGAAGAGGAUGCGUCUGCAACUCCUGCUACCGCCCGCAGGUCCGUACCUUACAGCAAGGUGCUUCAGCUGGAAGAGAAGAAACUAAAGCUGGAAAUGGACAAAAUUAAGCAAGAGCGUGAAAAGCUGAGGGAGGAGAGGCGACUCAUAAUGCUUCAAAAAGAAGUAAUGGUACUCAAGAAGAGAAAGUUAGAAAUGGAAAUAGAACAACUAAGUCAAUAGACUUUAUAAUUAAUCAUUAACUAUAAGGAUGACGGACUGAUUGGUGUUCUUACUUUGACAAACAAAGUGGCAGAUGAAAUAUAACCUUGUCAUCGGAAUGUAUCAUUGAUAUGAAAGGCGUGGUCUAAUCCAUUUGUACGCAUUGAUGAUAAAUAAUGAUUUUGUUU